AUGAGUGGUGUCCUGAAGAACACAUUUACAGUCAUUCUGAGUGUGGAAUUUGUAAUUGGCAACUUUGGAAAUGUAUUCAUAGCAGUGGUGAACAUCAUAGACUUGGUCAAGAGAAGAAAGAUCUCUUCAAUGGAUCAGAUCCUCACGGCUCUGGCCAUCUCCAGAAUUGUGCUGCUGUGGUUAGUAUUACUGAAUUGGUGUAUAUCUAUGCUUUAUCCAGGAGAGUGGAUAAAUGAAAGAAUGGUUGGGAUAAUACACAGUAUCUGGACAGCAUCCCACCAGUUUAGUCUCUGGCUUGCUACAAGUCUAAGCAUCUUUUGCUUUUUCAAGAUAGCAAAUUUUUCCAACACUCUUUUCUUUUAUAUUAAGCUUAGAGUGAAAAAAGCGGUGAGAGUGACAUUGUUUGUGUCUUCGUUUCUCUUGUGUUUAAAUAUUAUAGUUAUUAAUUUACCUGAGAACAUCUUGAUGACUGAGUAUAAGGUAAAUAAGUCUUACAACCUGAGUUUGAAUAACCUACAACAUUCCUCGUUAUGGUUUUUAUUUGCAAACACCAUGUUUGCAUUCAUACCCUUUGCUGUGUCCCUGGUCACUUUUCUCCUGCUCAUCUUCUCCCUGUGGAAACAUCUGAGGAAGAUGCAGCACAGUGCCCAAGGAUGCAGAGACGCCAGCACCACGGCACACAUCAGAACCUUGCAAAUAAUGAUCGCCUCUCUCCUUCUGUAUGUCCUUUUCUUUUUGUCUCUUGUUGCUAACGUUUGGGGGUCUCUGCUUCUGGAAAAAGAGAUGCUACUUUUGUUCACACAGUCUUCAAGAGUUGCUCUUCCCUCGGUGCACCCCUGUAUCCUGAUUCUGGGAAAUGCUAAGCUGAGAAAGGCUUCCCUCUCUGUGCUGCUGUGGCUAAGAUGCAGGCAGGAAGACAGGGACCCUGAGGUGCAAAGAACAAGGGCUUAUUUGUGUAGAUCAUCCUGCAUACCUUAA